CUAGUAUUAUUCAAGAACGCAGCAUGAUAGUAAUCAGAAACAGUGGGGUAUAAUCUCCAAGGACCUAACCCGCUGCGAGGUGGUUGGGAAGGCAACGGACUGAGACCCUCGAUCAGGUGUUGAUUACGCUCCACAGCGAUUGCGUCAGAGUUGAUCGUUCAUGCUCCUCAGCGAUAACAGCGAUAAAUGCACAGAGUAACCGCAUUACGAUAUUAUUCGAUGAUGGCUUAUAACACUGAUCUUUAACAGAGCAUUCCUGACAUCCCCAACUCACGAUGAAGGACGAUACUCUGAGAUCGCUUCCGGUAGAGAUAUGGCUACACGAUAUCCUUCCUUGCUUUACCUAUCCCUCCAUCCUUGAUCUCAGACUAGUCUGUCGGUUUCUGGACGAAAUCGUGCGCGACUAUGUCGAGCGAAACCCCACGGCAUACAGCACACUAGACUUUCGUGCUGUGAAGCAAAAGUACGUGACCCUGAACUCCGUCUACCGCUCGAUCGCUCGUUCGAGAGGCAAAGUCAACGCGAUUGUGUUUGAGCAUCAGCGUUCGAUUUUCGACAGGCGUAUGAGUCAUAUCGAUGAGAAUAUCGCCUCGCUUUUGUUCCAUACUCGCGCGUAUGAAGUCGUCUCGCCGGCGUUCACUAAUAGCAUCAACGAUAUCUCGCUCCGUCUCUCCGAACCAGUGACGACACCAGAGCUCUGUGGUGUCUCUUGGCUUACGCACCAGAAGGUCCCGUCGAUGGACAACAUCACCGACCUGGCGAUGGACUCUAGCUUUCGUCGCGUCGCGAUCGACGCCGCCCGGUCUCCCGCGGCAAGAAUCUGCGCUCUCAAUGUCUUGCGGUCGCUGCGGAGCUUCAAGCUUCCCAUGUAUGAGUUUGUUUCGCUGACGGAUAUUCUGAUGCAUCCCGUGUUUGUCCCACACUUUGCGUUUGAUAGGCUGGAGGAGCUGCAUUUCACUUGGACGGUACAGGAUGCGCUUGACGGAUACGUGGUUCGCGAAUGGACUCGUCGCACGCACAUCAAUCGUGCGCUCUUGGAGAUCGCUUCUCCGUUAUUUCCCAAUCUGCGGGUGUUCAAAGUAGGCUAUAGUGACGACAAGCAUAUGCUUACGGUUAGGAAGCAUCGCAUAGUGAUUCCGCAGCCGAUGAUUGAGAUUCGGUUUCUGAUCAGGAUGAUGGAUUGGAUGCCAAAGAUAGAGCAUUUUUGGUGCGUGGGACUCUCGCUCAUUCGGUUUUUCGACUAUCCCCAGCUCGGACUACCUAAUCCCGGCUACGAAGCUGAUUAUAUGAACGACGGAGUUGGAAUCACAGAGCCUUUUGAUUAUUCAUUUAAGCUUCCUCAUACACUUGAAGAUCUUAAUUUGACUGGAUGUAUGGUGAUGAGUGGUAUUGGUGCAGAGUACGAUCCCUACGCGACGACAGCAGAAACGACUCCAGCGAAAGAGAAGGCGGAAUACACUCAGCAGAUUGUUAUCGUUGAUGAAAACGUGUGUGUACGCGAUGGGCGCCCGCAAGUACUCGAUUGGGCAAUUAUACGGAGGGUGUCGAAGAGUGGCAUGGAUGAUGCCUUGGCACGAGUAGAUUUUAAGCUGGAGUUAUCAAAAGUGCAGACUAUGAGUGGCAUAUAAUGGUGUUUGGUUUUGAUUAUUGUUAAAAAGGCGAUGUUACUAUGGAAAACUAAAACAAACAAAUAAACAAAACAUAUACAGAACUAA